AUGAGGAGGGAGAACCAGAGCAGUGUGUCUGAGUUCCUCCUCCUGGGGCUCCCCAUCCAGCCAGAGGAGCAAGGCAUGUACUACACCCUGUUCCUGGUCAUGUACCUGACCACGGUGCUGGGGAACCUGCUCAUCAUCCUGCUCAUCAGACUGGACUCUCGCCUCCACACCCCCAUGUACUUCUUCCUCAGCCACUUGGCCCUCACUGACAUCUGCUUCUCCUCAGUCACAGCUCCAAAGAUGCUCAUGAACAUGCUGAUGCAGACUCAGUCCAUCUCAUAUGCUGGGUGCAUUUCCCAGGAAUAUUUUUUUCUAUUGUUUGCAGAUCUUGACAGCUUCCUUCUGACCUCAAUGGCUUAUGAUAGGUAUGUGGCCAUCUGUCACCCCCUGCACUAUUCCAGAAUCAUGAGUCAGAAACUCUGUUUCCUGUUAGUGGUUGUGUCCUGGGUUUUGUCCUCUUCCAAUGCCCUUUUGCACACUCUCCUCCUAACCCACCUCAUGAGGAGGGAUAACCAGACCAGUGUGUCCGAGUUCCUCCUCCUGGGGCUCCCCAUCCAGCCAGAGGAGCAAGGCGUGUACUACGCCCUGUUCCUGGUCAUGUACCUGACCAUGGUGCUGGGGAACCUGCUCAUCAUCUUGCUCAUCAGGCUGGACUCUCGCCUCCACACCCCCAUGUACUUCUUCCUCAGCCACUUGGUCCUCACUGACAUCUGCUUCUCCUCAGUCACAGCUCCAAAGAUGCUCAUGAACAUGCUGAUGCAGACUCAGUCCAUCUCAAAUGGGUGCAUUUGCCCAGAUUUAUUUUUCUUAUUAUUUGGGUAUGCUGAGAGCUUCUUUCUGACCUCAGUGGCUUAUGAAAGGUAUAUGGCCAGAUAUUGA